ACAGAGGAUGGGGGGGGGGGCACUGACCCCAGCAUGAACCGGCCUCUCUGCUUGAGGCCUCUCUGCAUCAGCUUUCCCCAGCCUGCCUCUGACGUCACAGUUCUUGAGGGCUUAGGAGACUCAUACCCUUGACUUGCAGCUCACCUACCUCCAGGGCCCCGCUUGACUUUGGACUUUAAUCCAAAUAGUAAGGACAAAGGUCAAGCUUCGUUCAAAUCCAGGGGGGAAAAAGCACCUUCUGGGGGACUGUUCUUCCACCAUCUGAGUGAGGCCCCGUGGGACCCGUGGGAUGGGGCUCACACCCAGAGUUAUGCAACUCCAGCGCUCUUGCUCUUUCCCAUCCUGUGCUGCCUCAAAGAGAGCCCAUGGAGCAGUGCCCUGCCCCAAACCCCAUCACCCCAUCCACAUGAACCCUUGGUAUCUUUAGACUGGCUUAGAGCCACUCCUCUGUCCUCUGAGACUGGGUUUAUUAGAAAAAGCUACUGGCCUGCCUGCAGAACUGGAGUUUUGAGUGUAAGUCAGGACCAGGAUUAUAGCUUAAAAAAAAAAGAAGAAAACUAUUAAGCCCUUUUGUCUAGAUUCAGGCUUUUAUUUUCUACACACUGAACCCACAUCUUGGGUUUUUAGGCCAGUCUAAUCCUGGCUUCAGCUGGGGUGCUAAGGAGGGUAGCAGAGAGGGGCCUGCCUACCCCAAACUCCACCCUUUCCAGAUCCCUCCCACUUUGGAUUUAUAAAACAUUCACUUCUGAGCAAGUGUGCACUCAGUGUACUGCACUCACGCUAAGCGACAGCACAGGAUAGCCACAAGGCCAAAGUCUGGAGAGGACUGCUCAUUCUGACACCAACUCCAGCCCGCUGGAAUCCCUCCUUCCCUCUUCUGCUGAAUUAUCACAGUUUUGCUCCUUCACACACCAGACUUUGGCUCCCCAAACAAGCUCACUUGCUCAAUUGGCUGUGUUUAUGUCUGUGCCAAGAUGGAACAGAUACAGGACACCUCCCGCCCGCCACUGGAGUAUGUGAAAGGGAUCCCUCUCAUUAAAUACUUUGCAGAGGUGGUGGGGCCACUGCAGAGCUUACAACCCAGGCCCGAUGACCUACUCAUCAUCACAUACCCCAAAUCUGGCACCACCUGGGUUAGUGAGGUCCUGGACAUGAUCUAUCAGGGUGGCGACUUGGAAAAAUGUCAGAGAGCCCCCAUGUUUAUCCGGGUGCCCUUCCUUGAGUUCAAGGGUCCAGGAUGUCCCUCAGGUCUUGAGGUUCUGAAAGAUACACCAGCCCCACGGCUCCUCAAGACACAUUUGCCCCUGGCUCUGAUCCCCCAGGCCCUACUGGAUCAGAAGGUCAAGGUGAUCUAUGUUGCCCGAAACGCGAAGGAUGUGGCUGUCUCCUAUUACCACUUUUACCGCAUGGUCCAGUUGAACCCUGACCCUGGCACCUGGGACAGCUUCCUAGAGAAGUUCAUGGCUGGGGAAGUGUCCUAUGGGUCAUGGUACCAGCAUGUGCGGGAGUGGUGGGAGCUGAGGCACACCCACCCUAUUCUCUACCUCUUCUACGAAGACAUGAAGGAGGACCCCAAAAGGGAGAUUCGGAAGAUCCUGGAGUUCUUGGGACGCUCCCUGCCAGAGGAGACCGUGGAUCACAUUGUGCGGCACACAUCGUUUAAGGAGAUGAAGAACAACCGCAUGGCCAACCACAGCACCGUCCCCACUGAAAUCAUGGACCACAGCAUUUCCCCCUUCAUGAGGAAAGGCGUCACAGGGGACUGGAAAACCAUGUUCACUGUGGCCCAGAAUGAGCGCUUUGAUGCCGACUAUGCUGAGAAGAUGGCAGGCUGCAGCCUCGAGUUCCGCUCUGAGCUGUGAGCUGUUCAUGGGAUCGCUGCAGAGGGCGUGGUGUGAAAGCAGCCCGGCAGUGGCCUCGGAAUAAAGUACAGUUUGUGUUGCAUGGAGUGUCUCUAUUGGAAGCAAAGCAAACCUGA